AUUUAAUAAUAUAUCAAUGUCGAAACGCAUUGUUACCACAGAUCCUGUAAUCAAGUCAUUAUUAAUGUAGAUGUAGGAAAUGGGAAAAAUUGUAGAAAAAGAUAAUAUUUAUAACGACGUCGACAGGGAAGAAGUGAUUCUUCGUCACUGCACAGUUCUAGCAUUUUAUUUAGCGAAGGUUUCGCCGUUUUAUCGCAUUAAGACAGGAGUCAUGUUCUUGCUGCAUAGAGUGGGGGAAGGAAAAAAAUCAUCCCCCCUCCAGCCCUAUUUGUUGCCGUAGUAACACGUCACGUGAUUAGUCACGCCGUGUUUAUGUAGUAGCACGUGUUAGUCCAUCUAGGUCCGGUGUGUAGACUAGGCAAGGUCGUGUUGGGAUGCGGUUCCUCUCCUAUCCGAAUCCGUGAAGAUAAGUUUAUGAAUAAUUACGUAGGUCGAAGACCGAGGUAAAGGGGCUAAUGGUUCGUUACCAUGUUGGACAUCUUCGGUGGCCUGCAGAAGAUUCUCAAACAAGAAAGAGUUGUUAUCGACAAUGCAGUAUUCCGACUGCACUGGUUGAUAACUUCUGUAUUUCUUAUCGCUUUCAGCUUCAUAACAGCAGCCAGACAGUAUGUAGGAGAUCCCAUCGAAUGCCUACUUGCUGAAAAGAUACCAGCAAAGAUCUUGGAUACUUAUUGCUGGAUACAUCCUACCUUUACCAUACCAGACUCAUUCACCAAGAGAAUCGGCCUGGAUGUGCCACAUCCUGGAAUCGACAAUUCUGCAAAUGGCGAACGCAAACACUACGCGUAUUAUCAAUGGAUUUGUUUCGUCCUGUUCCUCCAGGCAGUACUUUUCUAUAUCCCUUAUUAUUUAUGGUUAAUUUGGGAGGGUGGCCUGAUGAAAGCCAUGUCGUUCGAAUUGCAAGUAGCCGUCCUCUCAGGCGAGCAAUUGAAGAAGCGCAAGAAGUUGAUCAUGGAGUAUAUGGUCAAACAUUUCAAGCACCACAGGAUGUACGCGCUCAAGUAUUUCUUAUGCGAAUUGCUCACAUUCGUCAACGUGGUGGGCCAAAUGUUUCUCAUGGAUAAAUUCUUCGACGGUGAAUUCUUCAAGUACGGACUAGACGUGAUCAAAUAUUCUCAAGACGAUCAAGACAUCAGGAUCGAUCCAAUGAUCUACGUCUUCCCACGGGUUACAAAGUGCAUUUUUCACCUCUACGGCCCUUCCGGAAACGUUGAAACGUAUGACGUCAUGUGCGUUCUACCUCUAAACAUCGUCAACGAGAAGAUCUAUAUAUUUUUAUGGUUCUGGUUUAUUAUUUUAGCAUGUUUUACUUCCAUAGUACUCGCCGCUCGAAUUCUAACGUUGGCCAUACCCUGUUUGAGGAUUUAUUUUAUGAGAUUUCGAUGCCGUCACGUACCCCUCAAGCAUCUAAAAUUUAUUGUUAGUUCGACUAAUAUUGGCGAUUGGUUCGUUUUGUAUCAACUCAGUAAAAAUAUCGAUACUCUCCUCUUUAGAGACGUCAUUAGCGAAUUAGCUAGGAAAUUAGAAGAAGGCGAAGAAUUCGAACAGGAAAAUCUAGUUAUAUAAAAUUCAAUUUAUGUAUAUAUAAAAGUACUUAUCUGUAUUGUUAUCGUCGUGAUUUGUUUAUAAAAUUGUCUCAUUUUUUUGACGUGUUUUAAUGGAAAUUAUAUGUACUUUUUUCACUUUCAAAGAUGCAUUUUUUUUCUUUCUUUUCUUCU